GUACGGUUCUCCGUCUACAUACCCAUUUCUCCUCUUCACUUUCGAUCCUCAUCUUAUCCAUCUGCCUGCCAAUUACCCUCCCUUUCCCUUUCCCUCCCCCUUCCCCUUCCCACCUUUUCUCUUUCCUCCUUCCUCCUUCUCACCUUCCUAGUCUAUACUCCUCCUCGCUCCAUGCCGUAUAAUUUAGCUCCUGCAUAACCGAUUCUUACGUUCUGGACUGUUUCAGAGUAUGAUUGACGAAGAAUAGCCAGUGACUUAUUCAUGAUGGAUGGUUCCAUCCCGCCGCCGUCGUCCACUACCACCACUACCACUACCACCACCACCACCACCAUUCCAACGUCCUCUUCUCCAACCGUUUUUCGACCCCGCAAAUCCGAGGACUGGAAUGAAUAUCGCCCGUUCAUUGAGCAUCUCUACCGUGACAAUCAACUCAAGCUUCGCGAUGUGAAAAGAAUCAUGGAGCGUGACUAUAACUUUGUUGCCUCAGAAAAACAAUACAAAGACCGCCUGGCUGCGUGGCAUGUCCGGAAGAACAUCAAAGCCAAAGAAGUCCAUGUUAUGAUCCGAAAGCAGCAGAAACGAGCUACCCGUGGCAAGCAAACAGCGUUCCGCGUUGCGGGACAGGAAGUCGACUCCAAGCGUAUCUCACGAUUCGUCCGUAGAUAUGGCGCAAACAUGGAAACUAAUAACGCCCGCGAAGACCCCCAACUCAGUCCCCAGGGUCAUCAGAUCAUCCAACAAGUCCACCAAAUUCAGCAGAUCCAACAAUCUCGCCAGAUCCAAACCACGAGUCCAGAACCAGAAACUCCAUCAGAUAUGAGUUAUUUCACACCACCACCAGAUGAACGAGCAAUGACAUUGUCUCCAACAGAAACAAAAUCACAAUUUCUCCGUAAUGUGGAGAUUAGCAGCACACGAUCUUUAUCGGUCUCUUCCGGGACCAUGUCCAACGACCUAUCGAAACCAAUGGCCGAUGCACUCCAAGGGCCCGACGGCUGGAUGACACUCGAGAUGUUCCAGGAGAAACUCCUGAAGCUCUCGAGGACCCUUGACCAGUCAAUGUCCAGAUUCGUCCCUGCUGAGGAUCGAAGUCACCAAUCCUCUAAUUCUGACCAGUACCCUCGCUCCUCAGGCCAGUGAAAGGGGGAGGGAAAAGCCAAUAGACCACCAACCCCCCUGGAUGAGAACGAAAGAAGACUUGGAAAUUUGUCAACAUCCACAUACUCUGCUACUUUCUGUUCCUGGGCAGGGCGAGUUGAUC